AUGGGCCAUUUCGCGGUGACUCGAAUCCUUAUAGAGCAGGAAGCAGAUGUUAAUUUAAAGAAUAAUAAUGGUCAAACACCUCUUCAUUAUGUAGCUGUCGGGGGCCAUUUGGCUAUAUUUCAACAAUUGAUUGACCAUGGUGCUACAAUCGAGGGGACGGACAAUGGUGGCAACACUACCAUCCAUCAUGCUGCGGGCUGUGGCCAUGUGAAGCUAGUCAAGGCACUGGUUAAUUUAGGAGCUGCAAUCCAGGAGAUUAAUAGUGACGGAAAAACACCCUUGCACCAGGCAGCUGCUGGGGGUCAUUUGAAGGUAUUGCAGCUAUUAAUUGACAAUGGUGCUGUAAUUGAGGGAAAAGAUAAUACUGGCAACACUCCCCUCCAUCAUGCAGCAGGUGAUGGCCAUGUCGAGAUUGUUAAGCAACUACUGACUCUUGGAGCGGCUAUCGAGGAAAGAAAUUAUAGAGGUGAAACUCCUCUGCACAGGGCAGCUGGUGCCGGCCAUUUAAAGGUGUCUCAGCAAUUAAAUGACCACGAAGCCCUGAUUGAGCCGGUCGAUGAUAGCGGGAACUCUCCCCUUCAUCUUGCAGCGCGCGGUGGCCGUACAGAAAUUGUUGAAUGGCUUAUAGCUCGUGGCGCAUUCAUCAAUUCACAGAACAACUAUGGUCGUACUGCUUUACACUGCGCAGUUGAUGGUUCUCAACCAGACACUGUUCAGAGAUUGGCCGGAUUGGGGGCAACUAUCGACGUAAAAGAUGCUGACGGCUUGACCCCCCUUCAACUUGCAACGGGACACCCCAAUACAUGUGUAGAAAUUGUUCGCACAUUGAUUGAGUACGGGGCAUCUAUGGAUGCAAAAAAUGAAGAUGGCGAUUCAAUCCUUCAAGCUGUAAUCGCUUUAUAUGAGGAACUAUGUAUGGAGCAUAGUCAUCAACAAGAAAUUGACGAAGAAUACUGGGAAGGGAGUAGUACAGGUUCAGUUUUUGAGAGCACAGAAACUGGCAUUGCUCGAGAGACGAAAGAGUCGAUGAAAGAGGUCGUGCUAUUUUUGAUACAACAUGCUGGCCAUAACGUAUCUGAAUUCCCUGAAUUAGAAUUAUCUGAUGCUGGUCUCUCAGACCCAGGCAACUCUGACUCAACCGACGGGGCUUCGACUGAUACUGAUACCACCAACUCUUAG